AUGGCGGGUUGUUGUGUAACCACUGACAUGUGGUCGGCGGGACCCGCGGACAUUCUGUCGACUCUCAACUGCGGUGUUCUUCGGAAUAUCCUCUCCGGAAACGCAGAGGAGAAAACGCCUUUUCCUGGUGAGGUGCGAGACCUGACGAAGAGAAUCCGCACAGUUCUGAUGGCCACAGCACAGAUGAAAGAGAACGAGAAUGACCCAGAACUAUUAGUGGACCUGCAGUACAGCCUGGCAAAGUCCUACGCCAGCACCCCUGAGCUGAGAAAAACCUGGCUGGAUGCUAUGGCCAAGCAACACAUCAGACGUAAUGAUUUCUCAGAGGCUGCCCAUUGUUACCUUCACAUAGCUGCUCUGAUUGCAGAGUACCUCAAACGAAGAGGUAAACAUGAAAUCAGUUUCUUUUGA